AUGUCUCAACCUUCUAUCUUAACUCCUAGAAAGCACACCAAGGAGCAAUCGAACCCUAAAAAUGUAGGUACUGAGAUAGAUCUCUUUGAUGUCAUCACUGAUGUCGUUCCCCUUUUGAUGGUUCCUGGUCAUGCAACCCCUAUAAAGAAGACCAUAACAUAUGCUUCGAGAAAAGACAAGCCCUCUAAAGUAAGUACAUCUUCCUCUCCAUCCAUGGCUGCUAGAAAUGUAAAAAUUCUUGAACCCUCUACUGUUGUAAAGAAACCCCAUUCUAUGACUAACUUAUACCUUGAUGCCAUUAAUGUUGAACCUAAUGUUGACAGAGACGACGUAGAUAAGACUAUUUGUGUGUUGGUCUCUCAAGUUUUGGAAUUUGAACCUAAGAUUGUUGUGCCAGAUGUCUCCACAUCCUUGGCCCAACCUGAUUACACUACUGAAACACCUCUAGAUAAAUUUGAUGUCAAUGUGCAUACUCUGUCUCCUGAAAAAUUGAAAGACAAAGAGGAGGCUAAUGGGAUGUCUGGUGAUCUGGAUGACAAAGAAGAAAACUUUGUAGAGAAAAAGGGUCAAUCUGCUGACAUAAUGAAUAUAGAGGAUAUGUACUCUGAUGAUGUGCCUAUUGGUCAAAGGAUGGCUCCAGAAAUAGCUAAAAGAACUAGUGUUGGCCCUACAAAGAGAUGGAGCAAGGUUAUUACUCCUGUUUCUAAGAGGAAGGAAGUUUCUUCUAAGUUUAGUGAAUUUGACCAUGAUGUCGAACAUAAUGUUCAGGACAUCGUUUCUAUUGACCAAAAGCAAACUUAUGGGAAGAUUCCAGCAAAUAUUCCUCAAGUUCCAAUUGACAACAUUUCCUUUCACUCUAUGGAGAAUGUAGAAAAAUGGAAAUUUGUUUAUAAAAGAAGACUACCACUAGAAAGAGAAAUGGGUAAAGAUUCUUUUGAAUGCAAAGAGGUGAUGAGUCUGAUUCAAGAGGAUGGAUUAAUGAAAAAUCUAAUUGGAUUUGGCAAGUGUUAUGAAAUGCUUGUUAAGGAAUUUAUUGUGAAUAUCUCUAAGGAAUGUGAUAACAAGAGGAGCAAGGAGUUUAGAAAAGUGUAUGUCAGAGGAAGAUGUGUGGGUUUUUCUCCUGAAAUCAUAAAUAGGUUUUUGGGCAGAAAUGAAGAAGAACAAGCUGAAGUGGAAGUCUCUGAAAAUGUUAUCUACAAAGAGAUUACUACUAAACAAGUAAAGGAAUGGCCAAGGAAAAGGAAGUUGUCAGCAAGUGAUUUGAGUGCGAAGUAUGACAUACUUUAUAGAAUUGGAGCUGCUAAUUCGGUGCCAACUAAUCACACUUAUAACAUUUCUACAGGAUUGGGUAAGUUCAUUUAUAUUGUAGAGACCAAGUCAAGUUUUGAUUUUGGAUCUUAUAUCUUUGAUCAAACUAUGAAGCAUGUUGCCUUUUUUGCUGUGAAGAUGCCAAUAGCAUUUCUCUCAUUUAUUCGUGGUUUUAUAUUGGGUCAACACCCAAAUAUUGUCAUGACAUCUAGCCAGAAAUCUUCCAUGCCUACUACUAGAACAUGCAUCCUUGCUGAUCUAAAAGAUACUUGCAAGACCUUGGAUGAUAGUAUCAAAAGUUAUACUGAGAGGAAGAGCAGGCUUGAAAUUUUGAUAAAGGCCUUGUCUAAAGAAGAAGGAAAUUUGAAAGGUGAUAGAACAUGUGAAGAAGAUGCAAAUGAAGAAGGUAUUCAUGCAAGUGAUGAUGAAGAAACUACCAGCAAUGAUGAGGACUGA